CUGGGAAACACAUCACUUCAUUUGCAUCUCUUUCUGUUUAACCCAUUUCAUUCACUAGUCACUACACAAAUGGCAUCCUCAUCAACUUCAUCUCACUCCGCACCGGCCUCUUCUUCUCGGUCGUUUAAAUAUGACGUAUUUCGUAGUUUCAGAGGAGUAGAUACCCGCAAGACCUUUGUGGAUCAUCUUUACUCUAGUCUAGAACGAAGUCUAAUCAUCACUUACAAAGACGAUGAAGCCCUUCCUCGGGGUGAACCCAUCCGUCCAUCCCUCUUCAAGGCUAUCGAAGAAUCACGGAUUGCCAUCAUAAUAUUUUCCAAACACUAUGCUGAUUCUUCAUGGUGUUUGGACGAGCUUGCUCAUAUUAUGAAAUGCAAAGAAGAUAACGAGCUACUCGUGAUUCCCAUUUUCUAUGACAUGGAUCCCUCAGAUGUGAGAAAACAAAAGGGGGAUUUCGGAAUAGCAUUUGCCCAACAAGAAGCACAGAACAGUAACAAAGCUCAGUUGUGGAGAAAGGCACUUAUUGAUGCAAGUAACAUUGCUGGAUGGGAACCCAAACAUGUUGCCAACGGGCAUGAGUCGAGAAUCAUCCAAGAAAUUGUUGAAACUAUUGUUCACAGAUUGUCCCCCUUAAAUUCAGAAGAAGCUAAUGAAGAUCUUGUUGGGAUGACGACCCGCUUACAAUAUUUGAAAUCACAAUUAGAAAUUGGGUCAGAUGGCGUGCGCAUGGUUGGGAUAUGGGGGGUUGGUGGAGGUGGUAAGACUACCCUUGCAUCUUCGCUCUAUAUGGGAAUCUCUUGCUAUUUUGAAGGUCAUCACAUUAUUGAGAGUGUUCGGGAGGAAACAAGCAAAGAUGGUUUAAAAAAAUUACAAGAAAAUAUUUUGUCAGCUUUUUCCAAAACAGAUGUGAAGGUAAACAGUAUCGUGCUAGGAAAACACAUGAUAAAAAGUAUGUUAUGUCGUAGAAAAGUGUUGCUAGUUCUUGAUGAUGUCGAUGACCUUAGCCAACUGGAAGCGUUAGCCGGAUCACAUAGUUGGUUUGGUAGUGGGAGCCGAGUACUAAUCACAACUAGAAAUGAACAUUUGCUGAGAACCCACAAGGUAGAUGAGGUCUCUCAUGUCAGAUUAUUAUCAGAUGACGAGGCAAUGCAGCUCUUUAAUAAACAUGCAUAUAACAAAAAAGAACCGGUGGAAGAUUAUGAGACACUUUCAUUACGUGUGGUUUCUUAUGCUGCUGGGCUCCCAUUGGCACUUAAAGUUUUAGGUUCCUUUCUAUUCGACAAAGAUACGAAGGCGUGGAUGAGUACCUUGGAUAGACUAAAAGAUAUUCCAGAAACGGAGAUUGUGGAUAAGCUAAAAAUUAGCUAUGAUGGACUUAAAGUUGUGGAAAAAGAAUUAUUUUUAGAUAUUGCAUGUUUCUUCAGAAAGAGGAUGAAAGAUAUGGCAAUGGAAAUACUUGAAGCUUGUGAUUUUCAUCCCGAAAUAGGGAUAGAGGUGUUGAGACAAAAAGCUCUCAUAAGUAUUGUGGAUGGUAGGCUUGAUAUGCAUGAUCUAGUUCAAGAAAUGGGACAUUACAUUGUUAGAGGGAAACAUCCUAACAAUCCGAAGAAACAUAGCAGAAUUUGGAAAAGUGAAGAUAUCACUAACAUUUGUUUGGGGGACGCAACAAUGGUAAAUGUUAAGCUUCUCAAAUACAUUAUAUUGUAUGUGAACUAAAUUAUACACAAUUCUUACAUUAUUUCCUUCUUCGUUGUAGGAAAAUGACAAGAUUGAAGCCAUAGAAUAUGAUUAUGAUCUGCACAGUCAUAAUCUUGAGCAUACAUUACAAUUCUAUAAAAUAGUUUCAAACUUAAAGAAACUAAGGUACCUUAUGGUUUCGAUGACACCUCCUAAGUAUGUUGAAGGGCCUACUUUUCUUUCAAA